CCAGCACCCCCGGGCGCUGCUCACGGCCACCCGCCAGCGCGCCCAUCCGCCAGAGCGAAUCUGCGAGCUGCCCCGUCGCGCCGUCCCCAGCUCCGUAUCAUGACAUAGUGCCCCCAGCCGACCUGCCGACCAUGUGGCGGGACCGAACCAACCUCUUCAUCUCCUACCGCCAGUCGUACUCGCACCAUCCGCAGAAGAAGACGCCGCGCUAUGGCGGCCCCGCGGCCAAUGGCUUCGACGACGAGGAGCGCCAGGGCCUUAUCCCCGCCUUCGAGGACGACGGCGACGCCGUCAUCGAGAUGGACCUGCUGCCGCCGCGCUGGCUCGACGUCCAGGACGAAAUCACAGACCAUCUUGCCGACAUCGCGAAGCAGACGCGCAGGCUCGACCAGAUGCACCAGAAGCACGUGCUCCCUGGCUUUGAUGACGAGGACGUCAAGAAGCGGGAGGAGCGCGAGAUCGAGUCCCUCACCCAAGACAUCACCCGGAGCUUCCAGAGCUGCCAGAAGGCCAUCAAGCGCAUAGACGCCAUGGUGCGCGAGUCCAGGCAGCAGGGCAGCAUCAGCAAUGGCGAGGAGACCAUGGCCAAGAACCUCAAGAUAUCCCUGGCAUCGCGUGUCGGCGAAGUGAGCGCCCUGUUCCGCAAGAAGCAGGCCGCAUACCUCAAGAAGCUUCGCGAUAUGGGUGGCUUCGGUUCACCCAUGCGCUCCGCAACUCCCAUCCAGAAUCCCUACAACGACCCUGCCCUCCAAGAGUCGGACGCAGAUCGCUCCUUCUCACAAUCGACCCUGCUCCAGGCGAAGCAGCAGCGCAUACGUCACGACCCCAACGAGGUCCUCAUCGCCCAGCGCGAGCGCGAGAUCGAGGACAUUGCCCAAGGCAUCAUCGAGCUCGCCAACAUAUUCCAGGAGCUGCAGACAAUGGUGAUCGACCAGGGAAGCAUGUUGGAUCGCAUCGACUACAACGUGGAACGAAUGACUGUCGACGUGAAAGAGGCAGACAAGGAGCUCAAGGUCGCGUCGGGAUACCAGAAGAAGAGCAUCAAGAGAAAGAUCAUGUUGCUGCUAGCCAUCCUGAUUGCCGGUGUCUUCAUCCUGCUGUCAUUGAAGCUCAGCCGCAAAGGCAACAGCGAUCCUGCACCUGCGCCCGCACCCAAACCACCUCCUGAAGCCGUAGUGCCGGAGCGCAGGCGCCGUAGACGACAGUCGCUGACGAUGGGGCCAAACCGUGAUUGGCACAGGCGGAAACGGAGGUUAUGGGAAAAUGUCGCUGACCAUGUACCACUACAUCGCGCGUAAGCGUCGUGUUGUAAGAUAUCAUAGAAAUAGAGCAUUAUGGAUCAUCCGGA